UGUCAUUAUCGAUAUUAUAACAAGCAAUAGCUCAGCAGCUGUGCACCUGAAAUAUUAAAGAGUAAAUUGCAAAUACAUCUAAGUUAACUAUAAAAAUGGCACAAUACAUGCUGCUCGGCAAUGAGGAGCCCAGCAACAACAAGGAAACCUUUUUGCAGCAGUUCUGCCUACUGGCUAAGAACGCAACCGGCGCUGCUCUGCUGGAUGUCAUAAAACAAGUGCUGGACGCCCCGAAUGUCUUUGUAUUCGGCGAGCUGCUGGCGGAGCCAAAUGUAGCCGAGCUAAAAUCGGGGCCCAAUGCCAAGUAUUACAACACCCUGAACCUGUUCGCCUACGGCACCUACAAACAGUUUCGAGCACAUCAAGAGGACUACAUAGAGCUGACACCGGCGAUGCAGAAGAAGCUGCAACAUCUGACUAUCGUAUCGCUGGCCAUUAAAACCAAAAGCAUUCCAUAUGCAGUGCUGCUGAACGAACUGGAAAUCGAUAAUGUGCGACACCUGGAGGAUAUCAUUAUAGAGGCUAUAUAUGCAGACAUCAUACACGGCAAACUGUUUCAGAACACACGCAUUCUGGAGGUCGACUAUGCCCAGGGGCGUGACAUACCACCAGGAUACACCGGCAAAAUAGUGGAAACUCUGCAGGCGUGGGUCAAUUCCUGUGAUAGUGUUUCGAAUUGCAUUGACAUGCAGAUUAAGUAUGCGAAUUCCGAGAAGGCCAAGCGUCUGUAUAACAAGGAGCGCAUUGAGCAGGAGCUCAUCAAUUUGAAAAAGGUGCUCAAGAGCCAGACCUCAGACAGCGAUGAGAGCAUGCAGGUGGAUACUCAUGGCCCGGGCACCAGUGGCAGCAGCGGCAUGAGCCAAUCGGAAGUGCGCAAGAAGCCCACCAAAAUGAAGAAUCCACGAAGCAGCGCCGUUGGCCUCAAGUUCAGCAAGUGAGUGCAGGCCGGCCGCGUGUCAAGCAAACAGCCCAGGCCCAAUGCUGCGCCCCGAGGUAGUUGAUAGCUGACACGUUCGGCAUGAGAUGGCAAAUCAACUCAUUUAAGACUAAACACAACAAAAACUGCAACAGCAACAGCAACAUCAGCCCCACAAAUGUUCUGAAACCCAUUUAUUAGUAAUUAAAAUUAUCGCUAAAUAAAUAA